ACACUUACAAUAUACUAGUUUUAAUUAUAUUUGAAAAAUAGCUAAUUGUGUGAAUAACGCGUGGUCACAUUGCAUUCGUAGCGACGACGGAACGCAUGUCAGUCAGUCAGCAACAGAAUUAUUACGAGCACAAAAAGUUAAAUGCAAUAAUUCUGCUAAAUUCGUCAUGUGCAAAACAAACGCGCAUUGAUAUUAUACGUAAAGAAGUAUUCUUAUUGUAAGACCAAGCCUUGACCGAGUCGCGCGAGUGUUUGUUUUGUGUUGAAAGAGAUUAUCAAAUUAGCCACAGAAUCUCGGUUACAACUACUACGAAAAAUUCCUACGGUCGACACAACACACAUUCAUAUAAACACUCACAUAUAAACAUAUGUACACGUAGGUACGUUGAUGCACGGGAGGAAAGAGUGAAAAUUGCAAAAUUGCGCGUGUGUGUGUGUGUUCUAAAAGUAGUAAUAUAAUAUUACUUGCCCUCAAGCAGCUGCCCUAGGUGCUUGAAGUGUUAUUUUCUCAUUGGUUCCACGUUUGCCGCCUGCUGCCGCCCGCUUCUACAGAAAAUGCCGAUAUAUUUGGCGUAUAAGCAAAGUUACAUACUCAGCCCACAGCAGCUGCGCAAGCUUAGCGAACAUAAAUACUCAUGCUUUAGCGCAAGUUUGCUGGAUCCUUUGCUGCAGCCCUGGUGGAAUUGGUUGGUUGCCCAAACGCCGCUAUGGCUGGCGCCCAAUCUAAUCACAAUCGUCGGCCUAAUACUCAACAUUGUGACAACGUUGAUAUUAAUUUGCUAUAGCCCAAAUGGCGUUGAGCCUCCGCCACGCUGGACCUGCUUUUUGUGUGCCCUCGGUCUGUUCAUUUAUCAGAGUCUGGAUUCAAUUGAUGGGAAGCAGGCGCGUCGGACCAACACCUCAUCGCCGCUGGGCGAACUCUUUGACCAUGGCUGUGACUCCAUAUCGACUAUAUUUGUGGCGCUAUCGGCCUGCAUAUCUUGCCAACUUGGCCACUAUCCCAACUGGUUAUUCUUUCAGUGCUUUUGCGCCAUUGCGUUGUUCUAUUGUGCCCACUGGCAGACCUAUGUCUCCGGGACAAUGCGUUUUGGCCGCAUCGAUGUGACUGAGGCGCAAUUUUCCAUUAUCGCCAUUCAUUUGGUAUCGGCCGCCUUAGGUCCCGAGAUCUGGCUAACCAAGAUACCAAUCGUGGGCGUUUCAUGGAAUUAUGCAAUAUUAGUAAUUAUUACAUUCGGUUAUACAUUGAAUAUAAUCAAUUUUCUCAAAAUGUUUAUUGAAGGCGGCAGUGGCAAAAACGGCUCAUCAGUUGCUGUGCCAUAUCUUGAAUGUGAAACACGUUGCUUGCCAUUUUAUUUGGCCAGUGGAAUUGAUUUGAGCUUAGCAUUGCGUUACGUAAAAUCCAUUUUAAACGAGGGCUGUGGCAAAAAUGGAUCAUCGGUUGCAGGAACCAGCGUGCUAUCGCCCAGCAUACCAUUGACUCUGGUGGUGCUGCCAGCACUGAUCAUAGCACAAAAGUCGCCGGAGAACAUUUUCACGGAGCACGCUUCCGUUUACAUAUUGGCUUUCGGCAUGGUUGCAGCUAAGAUUACCAACAAGUUGGUGAUUGCACACAUGACCAAGGCAGAGAUGGAGUAUCUGGACUGGUCACUGUUGGGUCCUGCACUAUUGUUCCUUAAUCAGUACUUUAACUGCAUUAUACCUGAGAUCUGGUUGCUUUGGUUUGCUCUCAUCUGGGGCACCCAAGACCUGUUACGCUACUGCUCUCAGGUGUGUUUGGAGAUAUGCCAGCAUCUGCGCAUCGAUCUGUUCAGGAUUCCGUACAGCCCAAAGAGCUCCUCGACCGCCAGCAGCGGCACCGCCACAACAACCACCUCGGUGGGCAGCCAAAGUAAUUUUGGAACCGAUAAAAAUGGAGGUGCAUCGCACCGAAAAUCAAAGAGCAAAGCGCACUAGGGCGAUGCGUCGCAAGGCGGUUUCACAUUUAAUUUAACUAGUUUCCUUUUACAAAAUAUUUACGGCGUUAGCGCAGGCUUAACAAAUUUUUAAAAACAAAACUCAACCCAACAAAAUUUACCGUCUAAAUGUUAAAGUAAACAAAUUAUAGCAUAAUUAAUUUACAAAAUGUUGUUAACCAAAAUGAAAUGAGAACUGGAGGCAUACCGAUAUCAAUUAUAUGCUAAUAUAUAUUAUAUAUGUAUAUGUAUAUAUAUAUAAAUAUAUUUUAUAUAAUUGUAUAAAUUGUAAACUUACAAUAAUGUAGUCUGCAGUAUUUUUUACUGCACUAAAUGUAAUUUAGUGCAAAACAGAAAACACGAAACGAAAAACAACCCCUAAUCAAAUGCCAAAAAAAAAAAAACUACAAAAAUCAAUCCCACUUCAAUGUUUGUUGGUGUGCAACCCAGCUCAAUUAACGGUUAAGUCGAAGCAAACACAACUGGCUGAACUAAUGAAAAAGUCGGGAAUGUUUUGUCCAAGUGAACAUAAGUUAACAACUAAAUUUCUUGGGUUUCCUUUUUGUUUCAUUAUUUAGUUUUUACCGAGUCGAUCUACUGAUGAACUAUUUAUAUCAUUUAAAUGCUAUGAUACUACAUAUAUUAUGAAACUUCACUGAUACAAAGUACAUACUACUAGUGCUAAUGGAAAAGAACAUAGAAUGUAUUGUAUACGCAAUAAAAGUGGUGUUAUAUUUGCGAUA